AGUAUAUUUAUUGCAUUGUAUUGUGGUGUCAAAUUGUGUGACGUCUAUGCGUUAAAGAGAUAAACGCGUUUAACUGAUAGCUAGUGUGGCUAGCUGGUGACGGUUAUUAUCUGUUGUACUGUCAAAGCAAAAUUGUUUUAUAGGUAACAUUGGCGUCUUUUUGUUGUUGUUGUAGGUUAAUAACAGGUGGGAAGAUAUGGAAGAGAUAAAAACUGAGCCCGUGGAUUUUGUAAAGGAAUUUCAGGAAUACCUGACACAGCAAACCCAGCAUGUCAACAUGAUCUCAGGCUCUGUUUGUGGCGAGAAGGAGGCGGCGGAGACGUUCCAGACAGCUGCGCCCAGGGUUGAGCAGAACGGUCUGGAUCCACCGUCGGUAGAAGUGAGCUUGUCCAUGGAGGAAGGGUCAGAUGUUCAGAUGGACGGCCUGGAGAGAACCUGUGAUGGAAAGUACAAGUGUAGCUACUGCAGCUAUGCCAACAAGGGCAUGGCUCGUUUAAUAGAGCACAUCCGCAUCCACACAGGUGAAAAACCCCACCGCUGUCAGCUGUGUCCAUUCGCCUCAGCAUACGAGCGUCACCUGGAAGCUCACAUGCGUUCGCACACAGGAGAGAAGCCGUACAAGUGCGACCAGUGCGCGUUCCGCUGCAGUGAUCGCAGCAACCUGUCUCACCAUCGUCGCCGUCGCCACAAACUUCUGCCCACCAGGGUUGUUCGCUCUGCUUUCUCCAACAAGAGGAUUCUUAGUUCACUGCAGAAGAGGACAGGCUCACUGGGCUUCAGCAGGCGACUGCUCCUCAAUUUGAACCCUGGCUCUUUGCCUAAAUCAGGUUAUUUAAAUGACUUACCUCAUAAAAUCCACUAUAAUUUGAACAGCAGUGAGUAUAAGAACCAUCCCAAGGUGAACGAGGAUGAUGUUCACGACAGGGGAGCUAAUGGUUUGACGUUUAAUAACCCACUGGAUCAGCUAUCUACACUUGCUGGCCAGUUAGCUGACUUUCACCCUGAGUCUCAGACACUAGAAUCUCCUGACAGGGCUUCCUUAGAAGACGAGAAGCCUAUCCUCAUUCGCCAGGUCUCUGGUGAAGAGGUCUCACUCUGUUCAAAUGGAGUUCAGACACCAGCACCUCCCUCCUCUGGCCACAGGGAUUGCAGUCCAGUCUCUGGACUAUGCUUUGAGAAUGGCAACGCUCCACCUGCCAGUGUUAGUGACAGUCAGUCCAGCACACCAUCUCCUACCCUGACCCUGAGUGAGCAACAACUCAUGUAUAAAUGCCAGCACUGUGAUAUUAAUUUUUCUGACAACAUCCUUUACACUAUCCACAUGGGCUGUCAUGGCUAUGAAAAUCCCUUUCAGUGUAACAUCUGUGGACACAUGUGUUCAGACAAAUAUGACUUUGCCUGUCAUUUUGCCCGUGGCCAACACAAAAAGUGAAAAUUGAAAUGGAAAAAAUAAGUAAAAUUGUGUUUUCUUUACACUGUAUUUAAACGUGCUAAUUUACAUUUUUACUAAAAAUUAUUUUAUGACAAAAAUGGUGCAGCUAUCAGACUGGACUGUCUUCAACAAUGUUGUUUCAGUGAGAUUUCACUGUUAC